AUGUUAGCUGCUCGUCGAGCAACUCAUUCUCGCCUUUUCCGCUCUUUACAACAAAUCCAAUCUCGUCGCGGGUUCAGAUGUACCUCGCGCACUGCACAAGGACAAGAAGAGCAACUCCGGAAAACAAAUCUCUACGACUUUCACGUUGAGAAUGGGGCCAAGAUGGUACCCUUUGCAGGGUAUUCGAUGCCGUUGUCUUAUGGUAGCGUUGGUACAGUGUCUAGUCAUCACCACGUCCGAAACUCAGUCGGACUCUUCGACGUCGGACACAUGGUUCAAUCAAACUUCCUGGGCGGCUCCGCAACAGAGUUCCUUGAACACCUCACCCCGUCCUCCCUAAGCAUACUCACCCCCUACUCCUCCACCCUCUCCGUCCUCCUCAACGAACAAGGAGGCAUAAUCGACGACACAAUCAUCACCAAACACGCCCCAGACGCAUUCUACGUCGUCACCAACGCCGGUCGCCGACAGCGCGACCUCACUUGGUUCCGCCAAAAACUCGACGAGUGGAAUUCCAGUUCGAUAGCAAAAGAAAAAGGUAAAGUCGAGUUGGAGGUACUGGAGAAUUGGGGGUUGUUGGCUUUACAGGGCCCCGAGGCUGCUGGGUUACUGCAAGGUUUGACGGCGUAUGAUUUGAGAGGGUUGACGUUUGGUAGGAGUGCGUUUGUUCCGCUUGAAGGGUUUAACGUGCACGUUGCUCGUGGGGGUUACACGGGAGAAGAUGGAUUCGAGAUCUCUAUCCCUCCUUCUCAGACUCUCGAACUUACCAAGCUCCUCUUACGACCACCUGUACAACUCACAGGCCUCGGAGCGCGGGAUAGUCUUCGCCUUGAGGCGGGUAUGUGUUUAUACGGACAUGAUUUGGAUGAAGAGACGAGUCCUGUUGAAGCUGGGUUGACGUGGGUUAUUGGGAAGGAGAGGAGAGAGAAGGGAGGGUUUGUUGGUGCUGAUGUCGUGAAGAGACAUUUGAAGGAUGGGCCGCCUAGGAGGAGGGUUGGGUUGACUGUGGAGGGUGCUCCUGCUCGAGAGGGCGCACCCAUCCACACACCAGACGGCUCCUCCCGCCUCGGAAUCGUCACCUCAGGUAUCCCAUCCCCCUCACUCGGAAAGAACAUCGCUAUGGGAUACGUCACUUCGGGUCAUCACAAAAAAGGUACAGAGCUUGCUGUAGAGGUGAGAGGGAAGUUACGGAGAGCAGUGGUUACGCCUAUGCCGUUCGUCCAGACGAGGUAUUACAGAGGGGAAGAACGUUGA